CAGUGUGAAAGCGAGGUUUGGAACGCACGAGUGCAAUCUGGAAGUGAGGCUUGUGUACAGAAGGAAGAGGAAUUCUUAGUACACAGCUUCGGAUGGAUGUUCGGUAGGAAUGAAGCUGUCUGCCAUUGAGAUGUGAAGAUGUCGGCCCUUUGUCCUCCACCUUCUCCAGCAGUAGCCAAGACUUUGAUAAGCAUAGAUGGCUAUUCCCCUCUGUUGGCUGCCACCUUUGCUUACUGGGAUAACAUCCUAGGCCCACGAGUAAGGCACAUCUGGGCCCCGAAGAAUGAUGAGGAAGUGCUUAGCGAUGGAGAGAUUACAUUCCUGGCAAAUCACACUUUAAACGGCGAGAUCCUGAGAAACGCAGAGAGCGGGGCUAUUGAUGUCAAGUUUUUUGUGCUUUCCGAGAAGGGGGUAAUCAUUGUUUCGCUUAUAUUUGAUGGAAACUGGAAUGGCGAUCGGAGCACAUAUGGCCUCUCUGUAAUAUUGCCACAAACAGAGCUGAGCUUCUACUUGCCUCUACACAGAGUCUGUGUGGCCCGCCUCACACACAUCAUCCGAAAAGGAAGGAUAUGGAUGCACAAGGGUCAGAGUAUAAUUCCCAUGCUGACUGGAGAAGUUAUACCAGUAAUGGAGCUACUGUCAUCUAUGAAGUCACACGGUGUUCCUGAAGACAUAGAUAUUGCUACUACUGUUCUUAACGAUGAUGACAGCUGCUAUGAAGGAUUUCUCAGCAAUGCCAUCAGCUCCCAUUUGCAAACAUGUGGCUGCUCUGUGGUGGUGGGAAGCAGCGCAGAAAAAGUGAAUAAGAUGGUUCGGACGCUGUGCCUUUUUCUUUCUCCUGCAGAGCGCAAGUGCUCCAGGUUGUGCAGGUCUGAGUCAUCGUUCAAGUAUGAAUCUGGCUUGUUUGUGCAAGGCCUGCUGAAGGAUGCAACUGGAAGCUUUGUGCUUCCAUUCCGUCAGGUGAUGUACGCUCCUUACCCUGCCACUCACAUUGACGUGGAUGUAAACACAGUUAAGCAAAUGCCCCCGUGUCAUGAACAUGCCUACAACCAGAGACGCUACAUGAGAGCAGAGUUGGCGGCUCUGUGGAAGGCCACGUCAGAUGAAGAAAUGGUGGCAGAUUCAAUCAUCCACACAGAUGAAAGUUUCACUCCUAACUUGAAUAUUUUUCAAGACAUCCUACACAGAGACACAUUUGUCAGAAACUUCUUGGGGCAGGUAUUCCAUUUGAAACCAAACUUAUCUCUAAGAAGCACAUUUCUGGCACAGUUUUUGCUAAUACUUCACAGAAAAGCUCUUACUCUAAUAAAAUAUAUUGAAGAUGACACACAAAAGGGGAAGAAAGUGUUCAAAUCUCUGCGCAGCUUGAAAACCGAUCUGGAUCUGACAGCAGAGGGCGAUCUCAACAUAAUUAUGGCUUUAGCUGAAAAGAUCAAGCCAGGACUUCACUCGUUUAUUUUUGGGAAACCUUUUCACACAAGUAUGCAGGAGCGCGAUGUACUAAUGACAUUUUAACACUGAAUCUCCACUUGAAAAGACUUUUAGAAUUGUGCAGUAUUCUGGGAAAGCAUUGUCUCAAGAAAGAAGCUAUUUUUACUUGCUCUAAGUGGUUUAUGCAGAUAUGCUGCUUUGUUGUUAUGUAGAUUUACUAGUGAUUUUUAGUGUUUAAAUCAAAAGCUACUAUCAUUAUUUUAUUUCUCUUUUGUGAAGCAUGUGUGUUUUUUGUUGCAUCUAAGGCACACUUUAAAAAUCUAUAAGUCUGUGCAUAAUGUAUUUAUUUAAUGUGAACAAACUUAACUGAGCUCCGGAAAGAUAUAUAAUACACACAUUAAUGCACUUCUAUAUUUAUUAAUAUACCAUUACAUGUGUGUCUUUUGUAAAUGCGGGCAGUUU